AUGACCAGCACAGAUCCAGAGCUGGCCACCAAGGCCCCCGAGAGCGAUGCUCAGGAAGACGCCCAGAAGGAUGCUCCCGUCGAGACCCCAGCUGCUGCUUCCACUGCUCCCACUGCUUCCGCCGUCGAGUCGACAUCCCAACCGAAGCUGUGCGAUGAUUGCGUGACAGACAGGCCCACUCGUUCCGGCCCAGGCCCCACAGGAGAGAUCAGGAAGCUCAACGAUAUUGACGCCUACAUCUCCAAGCCGUCCGACUACCCCCACGCGCCCGCCCGCCUGCUGCUCCUCCUGACGGGCGGCACGGGCGUCAAGUCCACCAACAACCAGAUCCAGGCGGACCGCUUCGCGAGCGAGGGCUUCGUCGUCGUCAUGCCCGACCUGUUCGAGGGCGACGUCGCCCCCAACUCGGCCACCGUCGACGAGGAGCAGGCGACCCAGGGCGGCUCCUUCCUCGACAACUUCAAGAUCAAGGCCGUCGAGGGCGUCAAGAGCUUCAUGAUCGACAUGUGGCUCGCCCGCCACACCGAGGAGAAGGUCCUGCCCAUCCUGCACAAGGUCAUCGACGGCGCCAAGGACGAGUUCGCCGACGCGGUCGGCAACGGCGGCGGGGUCUACGCGGCGGGGUACUGCUUCGGCGGCCGGUACGUCCUGCUCCUGGCUGCGGAGAGGAAGCUCCAGGGCGGCGCGGGUUUGUUCGGCGCUGCUGCGGAGAAGCCUGCGGACGAGGAGGCUGGACCGCAGACGACCGGGCCGUACAUCAAGGCUGGGGCGUUGGCGCACGCGACGCUGGUGGCGCGUGACGACUUUGAGGGCCUGAAGGCUCCUGUCAGCUUGGUCUGCGUGGAGAACGACCCUCUCUUCCCGGAUGAUGUGCGCACGGCAGGCGAGGACUACAUGUCCAAGAUCAAUGUUGAGCAUGAGGUCCAGGUCUACCCUGGAGUCCCUCAUGGAUUUGCUGUUGUCGGGGACUACGAAGAUCCCACGAUUAAGACUGCCCAGAGCACAGCGUUUGAGCAGAUGCUGAAGUGGCUGAAGGAUCACUGA